GAGGCCGAGGGGUGGGGUCGCCCGCGGAGUACGCAGGUGUUGUGGUUGCGCCACCUGUGCCGCACCUGCGCCGCUGUCCGUGCCGAGGUGGUGAGUCGUGCGCCGCCGCUCGCUGGUGCCUGCAGCUCUGUCAGGAACGGCCGCCAUGAGUGCUGACAGCAUUCCACCCGUGGUGCGUCCGGUGCUGGCCGGGCUGGGCGUGGUGAUCCUGACAGCCAUCGCCGCCAAGGUGUACCUGUGGCGGCGCAAGAACCGCGGCCCGCCGCGCGCCCUGCAGGACCCCAACGUCAAGUACCCGCUGCGUCUGAUCGACCGCGUGGCGCUCAGCCCCGACACCAGGCGCUUCCGGUUCGCGCUGCCCUCCAAGGACCACGUGCUCGGUCUGCCGGUGGGCCAGCACAUCUACCUGUCGGCCCGCAUCGACGGCCAGCUGGUGAUCCGGCCCUACACGCCCGUCUCCAGCGAUGACGACCACGGCUACAUGGACCUGGUCGUCAAGGUGUACUUUAAGAACGUGCACCCCAAGUUCCCGGACGGCGGCAAGAUGUCGCAGCACCUGGAGAACCUGCCGCUGGGGGAGACCGUCGACGUGCGCGGCCCGUCCGGUCUGCUGAUCUACACGGGCCCUGGCGAGUUCAGCGUGCGGCCCGAGAAGCGGGCGCCGGCGACUGUGAAGCGCGCCUCCAAGGUCGGCAUGAUCGCAGGCGGCACCGGCAUCACCCCCAUGCUGCAGCUCGUCAGACAGGUGUUCAAGGACCCGUCUGACAGCACGGAGCUGUGGCUGCUGUUCGCCAAUCAGACGGAGGAGGACAUCCUGCUGCGGGAGGAGCUGGAACAGCUGGCCGAACAGCACGCCGACCGUUUCCACCUCUGGUACACCGUCGACAGGCCCGGAGAAGACUGGCAGUACAGCAGCGGCUUCGUCUCGGCUGAGAUGAUCGAGCGCCACCUGCCGCCGCCCGGCCCCGACACGCUGGUGGUCAUGUGUGGCCCGCCGCCCAUGGUCAACUUCGCCUGCCAGCCUAACCUGGAGAAGCUCGGCCACCCGGCCAAUCGUCGGUUCGCCUACUGACCGAACUGGGCGGCUGGUAUGAGGCCGCGAGCGGAGGUCGGCGGAGAGGGCGUGGACGGGAGUGAGUCGGCCGGAACGUGUGGCCCGCAGGCGCUGGUCGUGUGUACGCGGCAGAGGUGGGCCGAGGUGGCAGCCAUUUGGUGCGGCGAUGAGACGUGGGCAGGCACCGAUUCGGGAGAAUCGCGUCGCUGGGGUGGGAAGAUUUGCCGAUGGUUGAACGCACGACGGAGAUCGCAACUGCGGCAACUACUCUCUGUGCUGUAGAGAUGGCGAAGGCGUGGUGGCCAGUGGCGGGCGGGAAAGAUGACUCUGUAGGGAUGGUCAAGUGCAGCGUGGAUACGCUGUAGGGUAGGCAGUUCGGAUCCUGCUGUCCGGCUUCAACUGGCACUGGGCGAACAGCGCUGUUUUGGUAUAGUAAUAAGUUGUUGAUAGCCCGCCCUUAUUAACACAGCGAAUGGCUGUCGAGCUGGGGAGUUCACUCCCCCACUGUUUUGCUCUGCUCGUAUGGCCGGCUAUGGACUACGCCGUUCUGAGCGGUUCAGUUUACCGAGCAUGAUUCGGAAAUAUAUUCUGAUUGCUAAUU